AUGAGGUCUGGCAGAGUUGGUUCUAAUUUGAUAUCUCUGCGCAAACAGCCAGAAGGUGAGAGUAUCCCUGCUUCACAUACUGAUCAAAAUGACAUUAUGACUACAGAAAUUGAACAAGGAAAUGGUGAUAACAGUCAUCAUGAUUCAGAAAACGAGCAGAAUCAGAUCCCUCAAAGCAAUAACGUCAAGGGUAAGAAAGGAAAAGAAAUUACUUUGGAGACACUACUACAACCAUUCUGGUCCAAAAACAUGACACUGGAAGAAGCUGCUAUAAAAUUGGAAGUCUACAAUGAAGCGAAGAUUGAAUCAAGCAAAAAAGGGAAGCAACAUCAAAAUGCAAAGAAGAGGAAGUUCAAUGAUAAAGAACCAUGUGGAAGUGAUUCAUCACAGCAAAAUUUGGCGAAUAUUACUGUUGGGGAGUGUAUAAUGGGAGCACACCAGCUUACGUUGCCAAAUCAUGUAUUAUCCAACCCCGGCACAGUUAGCAACUUGACCUCGGACACAGUGGAAACCAUCAGAGAGAACUUAAUGGAAACUCUAGGAGAUAUAGAUCAUCAUCAAUGCGCCCACGAGCAUUUGGAUGGUGCAAAUGAGUGUACAUUGUCAGAUGCUUUGCAACAAAAUGAAAGUAGUUCAAGCAACUUUACAGUGAAGGCCACUUAUAAAGAUGAUAUAGUAAGAUUUGAUUUCUCAUUGAGUAACAGUAUUGACCAGCUCAAGGAAGAAGUUGCCAACCAACUAGAACUCGAGGUUAACACAUUCAAAAUAAAGUAUCAAGAUGAAGAUAAAGAUUGGGUACUAGUGACCCGCAUCUCUAACUUAGAGCAUGCCUUAAAUCUGUCAAGAUCUAAUGAUAGCAAUGUUGUUAGAUUGUUGACUGUUCCGAAAACAUGA